AUGGGUACAUUCGAGGAUUAUUUUUCAGUUCAGGCAUUUUUAAUAAUAUUAAGGGAAACUUUAGAAUCUGCAAUUAUUAUAUCAGUACUUUUAUCAUUCGUACAUCAAACCUUCUAUUCAAGCCCUACUCAUAAAGAGUCAAAUGAUAUAAAUGGACAAUAUAGCAGUAUAGAGUCUACAUCAUUAUCAGCAGAGCCAGAUGUUAUAACCUUAGAAAAACAGGAUGAAAAAUUAUAUAGAUAUUUAAAGUUCCAAAUUUGGUUAGGAGGAUUAUUAGGUUUAGUAAUAUGUUUAUUAAUUGGUAGUAUAAUAUUAGCUGUCUUUUAUUAUGUUGGUAAUGACUUAUGGAGCAUAACAGAACAUUAUUGGGAGGCCACGUUUUCAAUUUUAGCUAGUAUAAUUAUUUCAAUAAUGGGAAUAAAAAUCCUUAGAGUUAAUAAAAUGCAAGAAAAAUGGAAAUUGAAAUUGGGUAAGAUUUUGCAAAAGAAACAACUUAGACAGAAUCAAGAAGAGCAUUAUAAAGAUGUUGCAGAAUCUUGGAGUAAAAAAAUAGAAAUGUGGGGUGAAAAAUAUAAUAUGUUUAUAUUACCAUUUAUAACUACAUUAAGAGAAGGAUUAGAAGCUAUUGUUUUUAUUGGAGGUAUUGGUAUUAAUGAAAAUACUUCAAUUUGGUCAAUUGUAAAUUCUACAAUUUUAGCUAUAAUAUUAGGAUCAUUGAUUGGUGUAUUGUUAUAUCGUUCAGGUAAUACUUUAUCAUUACAAGUGUUUUUAAUUACAUCAACAUGCUUCUUAUAUUUAGUUGCAGCUGGAUUGUUUUCAAAAGGAAUCUGGAAUUUCGAAUUACAAAGAUUUAUCAAUUUAUGUGGUGGUAUGGACGUUAGUGAAACUGGUCAUGGACCUGGUAGUUAUGAUAUAGCUAAUAGUGUUUGGCAUGUAAAUUGUUGUAAUGGUGAAAUGCAAGAAGAUGGAGCAAUGUGGAUGAUUUUUACAGCUAUUUUUGGAUGGACAAAUUCCGCAACCUAUGGAAGUGUUCUAAGUUAUAUUGGCUAUUGGAUCAUUAUAAUUAUAAUGUUUACAAGCUUAUUAUUUGAAGAAAAGCAUGGUUAUUUACCAAUAAUACCUAUCAAAUGGCAAUAUAGAAGAAUACAGAAACGAGCUAAUUUAUACAAUUUAUCAGAAAAUGAUAUUAAUAGUGAAAAUGGAGUAUCUAUAUCAAGGGUUAGCACCGAAUCUACCAAUUCCCAAUCUCCUUUACAAUCAUAA